AUAUAUAUAUAUAUAUCGUAUUUUUUGCUCCAUAAGAAGCACCUGAUCAUAAGAUGCACCUAGGUUUUAGAGGAGGAAAACAAGAAGAAAAAUUUUCUGAACCAACAGAGACUGCAGACAUAGUACAGGAGAUGACCAGAGACUGCGGACACAGUACAGGAGAUGAUCAGAGACUGCGGACACGGUACAGGAGAUGACCAGAGACUGCGGACACAGUACAGGAGAUGACCAGAGACUGCGGACACAGUACAGGAGAUGACCAGAGACUGCAGACACAGUACAGGAGAUGACCAGAGACUGCAG